UGUAAGAGGGAUUGCUAUGGCGGGAUUUGGCCUGAGGAGGACCCAGUCCCUGAAGAGCCUCUCUGGGGUUCAGGAGAGGUCAUGGGUCAUGCCAGCUCUCACCCGCUGGGACAGGAAGUCUGUCUCUCAGCUGGUGCAACAUUACCAAAGCUGUGCUGACCUGAGCAGUAUUGAAAAGGAGGAUCAUAAACUCAAGGUGUCAGAAAGCUGUGUUGACGGUGGAUUGAGGAGGCUGGACACUGGAGGGGAGAAUUUGGCCCUUAGCGGGUCUGGAAGAAGCUCUAAUCUGUCCAGGAGCUGCUCCAUGGACUUCCUCCCUCAGAGGGAGCCUUCAGGUACCAGAGCUCUGUGCGCCCUGUUUGAGUCCAAGGCUGGCCUUCAUAAAAGCUUCACCAGCAGCCCCCGGCUCAACACUGGCAGUAAGACAGAGAGAGACUGCCCUCUGCAGGACUGGAGAAGUCCCAACACCUCCUUAAAGGAUACAACCAAUCAGAGAGCUGACCAGGUGGAAGGAAGGAAGGCCAUGAACGGACUCCCAGAGUCUUCUGCCAGAGCAUCGAGACACUCACAUGAUGAUAAAUAUAGUCCAUCACUGACUAAAGGGGAGACGCCAGCAAGACAAAGCAGACACAGGAUAUCUACUUCCUCCUCGGUGAGAGACAGAUCAGCUCUCUAUCUGUCAAGAGCAGCAGCUAUCGACUCCACAGGAGGCUCAGCACAGCCAGAAAUUGUCAGUACUUCAGGAACAAGAGCUAAAAACAUCAAGAUGGCUGAACCAGCCAGGAAAAUCACAGUUUCCCAAUCAGCUCACGAUGAAGACAACCUGCCUCUCCCACCACCUCCUCUCGUACCACCUAGACCCGUUGACUAUGAAGGGCCUUCCGCCUUCAGUAAUCUCCCUCCGCCUCCACCCAAAGAAAGCUUUUCCUCGAUCCAACAACAACGGCAGAAGAGUGAGCUAAAGAGGCUCUUCAAACACAUACACCCAGACCUAAGGGCAAGUCUUGAUGAAGUAGAUGACGAUGAGAUAAUGAAGGCAGUGCAGCAAGAAAACACUCAGGCAGCGGAUGCAGCUUAUCAAUGUGAAGUGCAGUCCAUGAGGUGGAUCUUUGAGAACUGGACUCUGGAUAAUAUUGGGGAUCAUCCUCAUGAAACCAAGAAGCUACUGGAUGAUGAGGAGUUAACAGGUGGAAACGUCAGGGGCACCUCCUCCAUGUUUGAGCACAUUGACAGCACCCAACAAAUGUCUGCUAAAAGACAGACUUCUGUCAGAGGUGAUGUUAGAACAUCAACGUGGCUGUUUGAGUCCCAACCCUUAGAUUCUCUAAAUAAAUUAAAAAGAGAAGAAGGUGAACUGGUUGAAGCAGUGCUAAAAGAUUCAAUCCAGCCAGGAGACGUGACAGGGGCACGGCUGCUUUUUGAGUCUAAACCAUUGAGUACCUUGGGACGCUGCAACUCCAUAGAAGACUAUAGCUUCCUAAAAUUGAGAUCUGAGCUUCAGGAGCAAAAAGGAGAUGUCCAGAAGACUGUCAAACUCUUCCAGGCAGAACCUUGCUGUGCCAUCAAAGACAACAGAGGCAAUAUCCAUGAGAUUAAAUCCAUCUGCAGGGAGGAGAUCAACAGCAGCAACAUCAGCACUGCCCGCUGGCUUUUUGAAACCCAGCCAUUGGACCUCAUUAAUAAGGGAACUGAUGGGGUUAAAAUAAUUCGGGGUAUAUCUCUGGAAGAGGGGAAUCGAGGAGGAGUUGAUCAGAAGAGGUGGAUGUUUGAAACUCAGUCAUUUGACACAAUACAAGAGGUCAUUGGAGAAGACAUGUUUGAAGGAACGGUGGAUGAAAGCACAGGAGAGGCCGAUGUCCUAAACAAGAGGAAGCUCUUUGAGAUGCAGCCCUUGGCAGCGCUGAAAGGAGAUUCUGAAGAAAAGCCUUUGGAAAAAGAAGAAAUUAUUGCAGGUGAUGUCAAGACGUCUAUGUGGCUGUUUGAAACUCAACCCAUGGAGACCCUUAAUGAUAGCUACGAAGUUGGCCGUUUGAAGAAAGUUACUCUUUCAGCUGAAGAACAAGGUGAAGUCAAAGGCAAAAAACAGAUGUUUGAGAGAUGCAGUACUCAAAAGAACACCCAAUCCAAGGAACAAGAGAUUGAAAAGGGUGAUGUGAAGGGAUUCAAAAAUCUUUUUGAAACAAUUCCUCUGAGCAAAAUUGCUCAUUCUGAUGAAGAAAUAAUUGAGGAGGAAAAAUCUAUUGCAGCAGGAAACGUAAAAGGUAACAACGCAAUGUUUGAGACAACUCCUUUGUAUGCAAUAAAGGACAGCUCUGGAAACCUCCAUACAGUCACAACAGUAAGCAGAGAAGAAUUAAUCAAAGGGAAGGUCCAAAACUAUAAAUGGAUGUUUGAGACCAAGCCUUUAGACAAGCUUGCAGAGGGAAAAGGAAAUGUAGAGGUGAUAAAAGGCAUCACCAGACAGGAAGAUAUGAUGGCCGAUGUCAAUAUGGCGAAGUGGCUUUUUGAAACCCAAACAAUAGAUGGGAUCCAUUCUAAGUUCAACCAGAGAGAGCAGGAUGCAUCUGUAGAAGAGGAACCUCGAAAAGGUGAUGUCAAGAAAUGUACUUGGUUAUUUGAGACCCAACCAAUGGAUAUUUUGUAUGACAAAUCUGAACAAGUAAAUGCUAAAGAAGCCAUUGACAAAACCAACGUCAAGUCCAUUACUUGGCUUUUUGAAUCACAGCCUCUAGAAAGCAUUAAAGAUGGCGAAGAGUACAACUUGAAACUAUGCAACACCAUAAAGGAUUCUGUUAAAUCUGAAGUUGGUGUUCAAACAGUCAAACAUGUUUUUGAAACUGAACCGUUGGAUAGCAUUAGAAAGGAUGCAAAUUCUGAGCACAAUGAGAGACGUGUCAGCCAGGUCAACUUUCAGUCUGGAGAUGUCUCACGAGUCAAAGAACUGUUUGAAUCCCAGUCCAUUGAUGAAAUAGGAUCAGUAAUGGUGACAUCCAAUGAACAGAACCAAGAUGAACACCUCGAAAAAGGUUCUGUACACAAAUGUACUUGGAUGUUUGAAAACUGUCCAAUGAACCAGAUGAAUGAGGGCAAUGAGGAUGGAAGCAUUCGGAGAGUCAGCACUGUAGAAGGUGGGGAUGUACAGAACAAAAGGUUUAUAUUUGAAACCUCCUCAUUGGACAAAAUCCACAACCAACCCCUUGAACUGAUGUCCGACUCUGUGGAAGAGCCUCCAAGCAAUGUUGAUGUGAAGUCAAGCACCAUGCUGUUUGAGUCCCUGCCACUGUAUGCGAUCAGGGACAAAGAAGGCCAGUUUCAUGAAGUAACAACUGUGAAGAAAGAGGAGGUAAUGAGUGGUGAUGUAAGAGGAGCAAGGUGGAUGUUUGAGACAAAACCCCUUGACGCUAUCAAGGCAGAGAAGGAGGUUUACGUGAUCCGAGCUGUUACACAAGAAGAUGUCAAGAAAGGAGAUGUCAAAUCCGCAAGAUGGAAGUUUGAGACACAACCUUUGGACUCACUUACCAGCCGAGAUGAGCUCUCUGUGAGGGUUAUUGAAGACUUUGGGAGCAAUAAUGUGCAGCUAAAUAAACAGAUAUUUGAAUCUGAGAAGUCAUGCCAGAAGUUCACACGAAUGGUUAGUGUCACUGACGUCCAGCGGGGUGAUGUCAGAACCUCCACCUGGCUCUUUGAGAAUCAAACCAUUGACAGUCUGAAAGGAGAACUUCAGGAGCAAGGUCCAGUACAAGCAGUACACAGGGAAGACAGCCAGAAAGGGGAUGUUAAACGCUGCACGUGGCUGUUUGAAUCACAGCCACUGGACAAGAUCAAGGAGCCUGAGGAUACUUCAGUGCAAGGUACUGAGGAGGAAAUGCCCAAAUCUGAUGUUAAGUGCACAACCUGGCUCUUCGAGACAACUCCACUGGACAAAAUCAUUGCCAACAGUAUUGCUGACACCCUGUCCUAUCUUUACCAAAUGACUUUUGUUCAUUCAAGUGGCAUCAUAAUAGAAGCAAAUGAAAGCAGAAAUGUUAACAUGGCAAAAUAUCAGCUUGAAAGCAAUAAAGGUGUGCAAAUCCAGAAAGAAGAGGUUGUUGGUGGUAACAUCAGGAACAUCAUGUCACAGCUUCUACUCAAACCAACUCUGAAGCCCCAAGUUAGUCUUCUUAGAGAAGUGGAGAAGGGUAAAGUGAAUACCACCGUCGUAGAACUUCCAGUCUACCACUCAUCCACAACUAUCAACCUCGAGAGGGAUACAAGAAUACAAAACAUUGUCCAGAUGAUCGAUGAAUUCCUUUCCGAAGAUAAGGAUUUGAAAAAUGGAAUCAUCAUGCAAGAGACUGCAGGGGGCCAAGCAGAGAUGUCAGUUUAUUCACUCAUCUGCAAUUCUGAAACCAAAACUGAGAGUCACGUUAUUGAGAAGGGGGACGUUAGGUCUACGAUCGGAAAUCUAUUAGCUACGGCCAAUAGUCAGAGGACUGCAGUGUCGUGUAGGGUGGAUGAAAAUGAAAAGGGAAAUGUCAAUCUGUACAAAAGUUGCAUUGAGAAAGGAGAUCUGAACUAUCUGAAAAGUCUUCACACUGAGGCAAUAGGAGAUGAAGUUGAUCACUGCCAUCUGUCUGAGGAGCCCCUUGAAAUAGUUCAGGGGGAUGUAAAGGAAGCAAUGAGAAACCUCUGUCAACAAAAAGAGCAGGUGGAGCGAACCAUUUCUGAUGUUUUGCCAGGGGAUGUAAAGAACACCAAAAAAGUGUUUUUGACGGAGUGCCCUCUUGGUGUUGAAAACUACCAUCCAAAAGAAGAAAUAAUCCCUGGGGAUAUCUUAUCAGCAAAGCAACAACUUGCUUUGAUGCAACAUGCCGUGGUGGAAAAAGAGGACAUUGUGGCUGGCGACAUCAAGGCAACAAUGCAGUCAUUAGAACGUGCAAAGAAACAGAGCAUGUGUGUGGAGCGGGAAAUUGUUAAACCUGGAACUAUCUAUGAUAUGAACUUGUCAGGUCCUGAAAUAGAAGGAAGUCAAGCCCAAAAAGAAGUUAUUCUAGCCGGAGAUGUGAAAGCAGCCAAAAAGUCUCUUGAGUUUGCUAAGCAGCAAAGCCUGCAUCUGGAGCGUGAAGUCAUUGUCCCUGGAAAAAUAUACAACCUGAAUGUCACAGCACAAGAGGAAAGCUCCUCUACAGUGAUGCAAUCUGCAUGUUCGUCUACCUCCAGAAGCCAGCAAACCAAGACUUAUCCAAAGUAACCUGUGAAGGACAACCAUCGCUAACAACACAGAAUUCAACGACCCACCCUGUAGCAAAUGGAAACUCUAGAUCCUCCAGCUCUGUGUGUGAAGCUCCACCUCCACUCCCUCAAAAGACAAGUGAGAAACUGCAGGAGCAGAAGCCAGCUUUACCACCAAAGCCACAAUGGAUCAAAUCUGUAGUUGUAGAAGAUGAGAAUAUUUUAGCUGCUCCCAACGUCCCUUGCAUCAUUACAGACAACAUAGAACGCGCAGACAUCUUUCCAAAACCAAAGAAAAGCUUUCCCAAGCCUUCUCCAGAUAAACUUUCGGAAAACACAACACAUGGCCAAACCAGUAAAGAGGCCUUACAUGAAACAUCACACCAAAACUGUAUUGAAGCAUUCUAUGACUCAAAUAAAACACAAGAAAGUCUACCAACCCACUCAAAGGUUCAGGAAAAUAAGAAGCAAAAGAAAA